UCUGGUAACACUGGAUGGAGGAAAACAGUGAACAUGGCGAAGGUGUGACGUAUGUACCAAGAUCAACUGGAUUAAAAUAUAACACCACAGAUGAUCAGCCGAGUCUGGUGAUUGGAACGAGACAUCGCAUUAAGAAAGUUGUGUACUAUGUAAGAUUGAUUAUAAAAUUAAAUGUUUGCUAUGACUGCCGUACCUACGUGCACUCACAAGGAAGACAAUAUGAUGGAUGUUGAUUGGCGCCUGUUAAUUGAAGCUGAAAGAAAUCAUGUAAUUUAUAUUACUCAAAACUUAUUGUUGGUGCAUUUUCGUCAGUUUCAUGAGACUGGGGUCUGUCCCAAUUAGUACGAUUUAUCGAGAUUGUACUGUACAGAGAUGUUCCUGUGGUAUCAGAAGAUGGAAGACCACUAUGACAAUGAACUUUUACGCUGCUUUAGUAAUCAUUGAGUUUAGUCUUACACAAGGAGUGGAGAGAAAUAGGAGUAUUAGUGUGUCCUAGAAAUACUUAGAAAAAUGGAUAAAUAAAGUAUUAUGAAAAUGGAAGGAACAGUUCAAACUAAGCUACUCAUUCAUGAGAAUAGUUGUGAAGAAAAAAUGCAAGAAUUAUCUGAAAAAGCUUCUGCUGGAAUUGAGUCAAAAGCUUUACUUGAUAUUAGGUUAUCAUCAGAGCCCUUAUACAGAGACAUGAUACUGAAAGAAGAGGCCAUUGAUGAUCCCAGUGCAGAAUAUGAGGAAAAUGAUGUGAAACUUACUGGUGAUUUCACCCAUGUUACAGCAGUUGAUGGAACCAAGACCAAAAAGAGGAAGAAAAAAUAUGAGAAAACCUACCCUUGUGAAAAAUGUAAUCAGGUUUCACGGUCAUCUGCUAACCUCAAAAAACACAUGAUGACACAUUCUGGGGAAAGACCAUACAAGUGUAUCAUAUGUCAAAAGGCAUUUAGACAGAUGCAUCACUUAUCUGAUCACACUCGAACACAUACAGGGGAACGUCCCUUUGAAUGUGAGGAAUGUGGGUCUAGAUUUGUCCAAAAGUCCUCUUUGAAUUUACACAGAAAGAAGCAUUCUGGAUUUAAGCCAUAUUCUUGUAGUAUUUGCAAUCAUUCCACUUAUGAAAAGAUGCAUCUGAAAAUGCACAUGAGAACCCAUACUGGGGAAAAGCCUUACCAGUGUGAAAAAUGUGGUCAAACUUUUUCAAAUUCAACUCGCUUAAAGUUUCACACAAUGAUACAUACUGGAGAGAGGUUAUACAAAUGUGAUGAAUGUGGAGUGAGUUUUCGAGAAAAGGUCACCCUACAAAAGCAUAAAGGGGUUCACAUUAAUAUAGGUCCAUUUACAUGUGAAGAGUGUGGACAAGAGUUCUCACGCUUAGCUGGUUUAACUUUGCAUUGUAAGGUUCAUUCUAAGGAACGUGAUUACAUUUAUGUAUUUAAUAAAACAGCAAAUGAAGUUUUAAAACCUCUACUACCUGAAGUAUCUAGGGAUAAAGCAAACCAAGAAAAACAGAACUUUCAAGCUUCAGGAAAUAUAUCAAGUGUGAAUAAAACAGAUUUACUAAAUGCCUCCUGCAGUGCACAGGACAUUGCCAAGGUUAUAGAACUAUCAGGCGGUUUUGGCGUUAAAUCUGAAAAACGCGCACUUUCCAAAAAUAUGUCAAGUACAGGUAUAUCAAAUACAGAAAAGACUGCCAGUAUUUCAUAUGCUUCAUCACUAGUUAGCAACUUACAAAUAAAAUUGAAGGAAAAUUUAGCCUCCAACCUAUCUGAGACCAACACACAAAAUCUUGGUAGUGUGGUGCCUCCUAACCAUGUGCGAGCAGCUUUAGAAUCUGGAACUGUCUUGGAGACUCAUGGUGAAGAUGGCAAAGGAUUUUAUAUAAUAUUACCACCAUCCCUAAAAAAUAAAGAAAUCAUAUUUUCCUCAGAUUCAGCACAGACCAAUGGCAGUGUAAUGACAGCACCACAACCACCAUCUAACAUAACUGUAGAUUUACCAGAAAGUGAGACAAUUGUAGAAUGUGAUUCUACAAAAAUAUUUUCCCCUCAAAUUUGUGACAGUCACAAUGAAGCUUAUCAGAGUGUUGUUCAAGAACUCCCUGAAAAUGAUGCUUGCCAAUAUCCAGUAGAAGUAUGUGCAGUGCAGAAUGCAGAAGCUGAUGAUUAUACCAUAGAAUUACAGGGGGAGCUUCAUGAUGAUCAUGAUUAUGAAGGUUCACACAUGACAUCAGUAGAGGUAUCAGAGGAACUGGUCAAUGAUAACCAUAAGUAUUCACGUGUUGUACGAGAGGAGAUUCAUUCUGAUGGAACAAGUGUUCUUUUGUGGAAUGAUGAACUAGAGCAUCUCAAAGAAGUUACAUAUGUAAUAGAAGAACGGAGUGAGGGGCCUGUAUUAAGCCAACCCCAGGAUGUAAAGAGUUAUAACUCCAAUAUGUUCGAGGGGGGAGCUAUAAUUAAACCAAAGAGAAAAAGGAAAUUUAAGGGAAAUGAAUUCUCUACAGAUGAUAUGAAUACUAAAAAACAGAAGAGAAAGAAAUGUGAUUCUGAGAGACCCAAAUCUGUAAAGAUUAAGGUAAAAGACAAAAAUUUAGAAGAAAAGAGAUUGAAGAGUCGGAUGGUGUAUGAUUGUCCACAGUGUGGAAAGGCAUGUAAAACUUCUUCUAAUUAUAUUUCUCACAUGAGAACACAUUCAGGAGAAAGGCCUUAUUCCUGUGACAUUUGUCAAAGAGGAUUCAAGCAGAUUGCACAUCUUCGCUCUCAUAUAAGGAUUCACACUGGUGAGAGGCCAUAUGUAUGCCAAAUUUGCAAUGCUGCCUUUACACAGUCCUCAAGAUUAAAUUCCCACAUUAAAACCAAGCAUGCAAAAGGGAAGAUUGAAGUAAAGAAGAAAGUUAAGCCAGUGGUAAAACAUAAGGUAAGAAAUUUUUACUGUAAAAUCUGUAAGAAGACUUUUAUUAAUGAAUGUUUUAAAAUAGACCAUAUGAGAACUCACUUAUCAGUACAGCUAUACGAGUGUAAAAUUUGCGGCAUUCAUUACAAAAGCAAAAGCAGUAUGGUAAAGCACAGGCUCAAACACUCUGAUCACAAAUGUAUAUGUGAAAUAUGUGGCACUGGCAUCUCAGACCUUUCUUCUCUCCAGGAGCACAGGAUUACUCAACAUGAUGAGAGCGUAAGAGAGAGUGGCAUGUCAGAUGUAUGUAUUAAUGUCAAAAUAGGAGAAGAAAAAGAUUUUGUUGUUAUAAACCCAUCCAUAAAGAAUAUUCAAAAUGAAGAAGAUGUUAAAAUGAAAGAAGAAAUUAUAGAUGUUACUGAGGUUAACAGUUAUCAUGUGAUGCAAGAAAUUAUACAUGUCACAGACACAGAUGGUUGUGUGAAGAGUGAGGUGAUGCAAGUAGCAGAAGUAGAUGACACACACAUUAAGAGUGAAACACUGGAGGUUCCAAACCCUGAGGAAUAUAAAGUGGAAAUAGAGGAAAGUUUUGACAAAAAUGUAAAGAUUGAAAAUGAAUUGCAAUCCACUGGUGAUGAUGAUUCUCAAAGGAAUAAUAACCCCAUCAAGAUAUCAGAAUCUGAAUUUCAGUCAAUAGAUUCAGUAGAGUCCAUAAAGGGUGAAUUCAGUAAAAUGAAGAUUCAGAUUACCUGUAUUGACAAUGCCUGUUUAGGAAGAAAAAUUUGGGUCUGCAAAGUUUGUGAUAGGGCUUUUUUGCAGUCAUCUAAUCUUUAUAGUCAUAUGAGAAUGCAUACAGGAGAAAAACCAUACAAAUGCAAUGUUUGUUCUCGUGCAUUUAGGCAAAUAACACAUCUAAAGGAUCAUAUGAAUAGGCACACUGGUCUAAAGCCCUAUAAUUGCGGAGAAUGUGGCAUAUGUUUUUCUCAGCGAUCUGCUGUGAAUCGCCAUAUUAGAAAUAAACAUAGAGAUAAUGCUUCAGUACAGGUAUUAAGGAACACUGAAAUUUUACAGGGUGGAAUAAAGGACUUGCCCUCUUUAGCUUGUGGGAAUCGGUUAAGUAGGUGUAAGCAGCCAUUGCAAGAUGGGGAUGUUUCCAAAAAUCCACGUCCUCUGGUUAAGAUGAAAACAUGUAAAAUAUGCAGAAAAAUAUAUCCUGCAACUUACCUAAAAUCACACCUUCGAUGUCACACUGGCGAGCGCCCAUAUAAGUGUAGCUUUUGUAAGGAAGCUUUUAAACAGAAACCUCACUUGCAUUCUCAUGAACUUCGUCAUACUGGGGAAAAACCUUAUGUUUGUAAAAAAUGUGGUGCCUCAUUCACUCAGUCUUUUAGAUGUACCACUCACAUGAGGAAAUGUAAUGGAAGCAAAAAUAAGGUAAACACUGAUGCUGUUAAGAGAUGUCAUUGUACGUGUGGAGCAAGUUUUAGAUUGCGUCUCCAAUUAGUUAGGCAUCAGAAAAUUUGUACUGCUGGAGAAGAUAGUGAUAAAAGUACAGACAAGAGUGAGCCAGACAUAUCUUAUGAUGAAGAGAGUGAGAUGGAGUGUGAAUUUAGGAGAAAGCGGAAAAUUAAAACACACAAAAAAGAAGACUGGAAAGGGAGCAAGACAGUAAAAACAAAACAGUCUAGUCCUGCACACAUUGUUCAAACAUUUACUUGCAAAGAUUGUUAUGUAAAAUUCCAGAGUUUUGCUGAGUACAAGAAGCACUUACUACAGCAUGGAGAUAUGCCACAGGUUUGUGAGGAUUGUGGAGCAACCUUCAGAAGAGCAUCUGCUUUACGAUUUCACCAGAGAAUAAAGCAUGACAGAGCAGAUGAAAGAUAUAAGGAAUAUAAUUUUGUAGGGCACGAUGAUAUGAAAGAAGAACAAUUAGAUGGUGCUAGUGAUGUUGAGGAUAAUAUUGAUUCAGUGCUCUUAAAUCAUACAAAUAAAGAAAAUGAUCCCUGUAGAGAAAAUAAGGUAAAGGUAGAGGAAAAUGCUGUAAAGCUUAAUGAAAAAAAAAUAGACAAUAUGAAAGUGAAUAGAAUGCAAAGGAAAAGAAAGAAAGUUGAGUGUGUUAGUGGAAAAAUUCUGCAAGAUGAUGCAGGCAAAGUUAGUAGUGAGUCAGUUACUUUACAGAAAAGUAGUAUAUCUAAAAAAACACUUGAAAAAAUAAGUAUAAAACAAGAAAAAGGAAUUCCAAGCAUAUUAGUAUGUCAGCAGGUAAAUGGGAAUCCACAGAGGAAAGUUAAAGAUGAACCUCAUGUUGGAAGUAGUAAUACACUGUAUAGUUGUGAAGCUUGUGAGAAAGUUUUUACGCGAUCUUCCAAGCUUAAGCAUCAUGUUAUGAUGUGGUGUAAGGGUACUCAAGACUCUUCUAAACUUAAUGUUUCUAGAAAUAUUGAAUUCGUGCAACAAUCUACCAAUAAACUGGCUAAAAGGGUUGAUAGAAAAAAGGAUCAAAUUGAGAAAAGGUCAGUGGAAAAUGAUUUGGCAACAUCUUGUGCCACUAAGACAAAACCUAGGAAUUUUAGAGGAACAACAAAAAUUGAUAUAAAUCUCAUGUCUCAGCCUGAACAACUUGUUUCAGUGAAGGAAGAGGCAAAUUCAGAUAUUGAAAAUUAAAUAGCAUCUGCACAAAGUUAUUCAGAAAAUAUGAGGUUAUAAGAACAGGAAACGAGAUCAAUUCUUGGUGAGAAUCGGUGUUUUAAGUAAUUUGGUAUAGUACUGUAAAGAAUGUGACAUAUUACAGGAGCUGAUUCCUUCAAGGUACACCUAGACUUAUUUAAGUUAUUUGACAGAAUGAUCUUUUAAGUGUAACCAUUGUUGUUUGGCUUUCAGACAAAGGGCCCAUUUAAUUACCCACUACAGAAGACAUACAGGUGAAAACCAUACCAGUGUGAUGUUUGUGAUAAAGCAUUUACUUAGUCUUUUUGGCUAAAAGUUCAUACAAGAAGAUUACAUGGGGAGAAUAAGCGUACAUAUGAAAUUUGAUUUUAUAUUACACCAAUUAUUGAUUUGAUGCAAGGCAGUACAGUACUUUUUUAUAAUUUAAAGCAGGAUAGAUUUUUAUUUAGAUACAAAUGAAAUGUUAUUUUAAUGUAGGUAGCUUCUAAAAAUCUUAAGUCAUGUCAUAGGGUCCUACAAAAACAAAAGUCAAAUUUUGAAGUUUGAUUUUGGUUCUAUAUUAAGUCAACAAGAAAUUUAUCAUGGUAAAAAUUUUGCAUGUAAUGCAAACACCAAGUUAAUUAUGUAUUCAAAUGAAGUACAGUACUGUAUUUGAUAUUAUUGGAACAGACCCUCGAAUCUGGGACCGAGACCAAACUGGUGUUGGGGAAUUUCUAGUUCCCUGGGUCCAAGGUCAUCCAUCUAAAAAAGCCGUUGUUAAGCGGUCGAUAGUAUAUCGAUACUAAUAACUUAUGGGGGAAAAUAGGUUAUGUUCCUGAGACCAUGACGUUUUAUAUCCUGCUCCUAUAAUGAUUGAAUAAUGUCUAAACUCAAAUGAUUUAUAAAUAGUAAAAAAAAAAUUACAAAAUAAAGACAAAAAAUAAA